GGAAACUAGAUGAAAAGUGGAGCAACGAACAAACAAAGUGCAAAGAGUUAGCUACAGGAUUAGCAAAUGUAACUUUGAAGUCAAAGAGUAACCAAGGGACAAUAUCUAUGGGAUGCCAAUUAUCAUCAGAUAGAGUCUUGGAAACAGAUUUAGCAGUCUGCAUGUCUUCAGAAAGCAGGCAAUGUGAAAACAAGAACAACGAGCAGCUCGUGACAGAAGAUAACAGUGGAUCUACCAAUCAGCAUUUUUGGGAAGGCUUGAAAUUGAAAAAUGGAAAGCCAUAUUGUGAUAUUUGUCGCACUUCGCUAACAUCAGAAAAAGCAGCAGAAGAUCACUUAAAAGGUAAGCCGCAUCAGAAGAAACUCAAGGAAGUAAUGGAGGCAAUUCCUGUCAGCCAAGAAUGGUCCAAGCCUAAUAUAACAACUGCUGCCAUUUCUCAAGCAGCAUCUGUCAAUGUCAAAUCAACACCUCCAUGUUUUCAGCCAAACCCUGUUAGUGAUAAAAUAGAAGUGUCUUCUCAACCGACAUUUGACCACAAAGUGAUUUCAGAAAAAAGGAGGCCAGGUCAUUGUAGAGGUGAAGGGAACACAAAAAAGCGCUUAACAGAAGGUCAGAGUGUCACAGCAAACACUUCCUGUUGGGGUGGCUUGAAAAUGAAAAAUGGAAAGCAAUAUUGUGAUCUGUGUGAAGCUGUUCUAACCUCACAAGCUGUGGCUGAUGCUCAUUGUAAAGGCAAGCAACAUGAGAAGAAACUAAAUAAGGCAUUUCCGACAGGCCAAAGUGCAUUUGAGACUAGGUCUGCUCCAGUUAGUGAACUUCCAGCCAGUUCUGGCAUUAGCGGAAUGCCCACUAGUUUGGGGCUGUCUAGUGGUUGUGAAACAGCAGUAUCUACUACACCAAUGUUGUUUGGAAAUAUUAAAACAACUUCUUACAAUGACAAAAAGAUAUUAAAUUCAGUCAUCAGUGAAGCAUCAACCACAAGUUCCGUUAUAACUCCUGACCGAAGCCAUGCCACUACAGCCAGUCUGAAACAAACUUCUGUGAGAGAUGAAGAUUACAUUGUAGAUAACAAUGGAAUGCUGGAGUGUAAACUCUGUAGGACGCCAGUUACAUCAGGGGUCAAUGCUGCUCAGCAUUUACAAGGUGGCAAGCACAAGAAGAAACUUGAAGCUCUCAGGGUACGGGAUGUUUGUCUCGAAGAUGCUCCAGAGCUGGGACCUCAUGGAGAAAUAAUAAUUCUGGCAGAAGAUGGUACGGGAAAGUGCUUUGUUUGCAGUGCUCCAAUAAACUCACGGGAAUCUGCUAAACAACAUAUGGAAGGAAGGAAGCAUAUCAACCAGUGUAAGAGGUAUGGGCUACCUGCAGAUGAAUGGGAUUUUGUCUCUUCUGUGUGCUGA